AUGCCUUCUGCCACCGGACAAAACUGGGAGAAGUACCAGAAGAACUUCGCCGAUGAUGAAGUAGAAGAAAAGAAGAUCACACCUCUCAGCGAUGAGGACAUCCAAGUCCUCAAGACCUAUGGCGCCGCGCCGUACGGAGCUGCCAUCAAGAAGCUCGAGAAACAGAUCAAGGAGAAGCAACAAAGCGUCGAUGAGAAGAUUGGCGUCAAGGAAUCCGAUACUGGCCUGGCACCACCACAUCUCUGGGACACUGCAGCCGACCGCCAACGAAUGCAAGAAGAGCAGCCUUUCCAAGUUGCUAGAUGCACGAAGAUUAUCGCCGACGAAAAGGGCGACGAGUCCAAGAGCAAAUACGUCAUCAAUGUCAAGCAGAUUGCCAAAUUCGUCGUCCAGCUUGGCGACCGAGUUAGUCCCACCGAUAUUGAAGAGGGUAUGCGAGUUGGUGUCGACAGAAACAAGUAUCAGAUCAUGCUUCCACUUCCGCCUAAGAUUGAUGCCAGCGUCACCAUGAUGACUGUCGAAGAAAAGCCCGACGUUACCUACGGCGAUGUUGGUGGAUGCAAAGAGCAGGUCGAGAAGCUGAGGGAAGUUGUGGAGAUGCCGCUGCUCUCGCCGGAGCGCUUCGUCAAUCUCGGUAUCGACCCUCCCAAGGGAGCUCUGCUAUAUGGUCCUCCCGGUACCGGAAAGACUCUCUGCGCCAGAGCCGUUGCCAACAGAACAGAUGCCACGUUCAUCCGUGUCAUUGGAAGUGAGCUGGUGCAGAAGUAUGUCGGCGAGGGCGCCCGGAUGGUCAGAGAGCUGUUUGAGAUGGCCCGCACAAAGAAGGCCUGCAUCAUCUUCUUUGACGAAAUCGAUGCGGUUGGUGGCGCUCGUUUCGACGACGGCGCUGGUGGUGACAACGAAGUCCAAAGAACCAUGCUGGAACUGAUUACACAACUGGACGGUUUUGACGCGCGAGGCAACAUUAAGGUCAUGUUCGCCACCAACAGACCUUCGACUCUGGACCCUGCGCUGAUGCGUCCUGGCCGUAUUGACCGCAAGAUUGAGUUCUCGCUGCCGGACCUGGAAGGCCGCGCCAACAUUCUGCGCAUCCACGCCAAGAGCAUGUCCGUCGAGAGAGACAUUCGAUGGGAGCUCAUCUCGCGUUUGUGCCCGAACGCCACCGGUGCCGAGCUUCGCAGUGUGUGCACUGAAGCUGGCAUGUUUGCCAUUCGUGCCCGACGAAAGGUGGCGACGGAGAAGGACUUCCUUAGCGCCGUCGACAAGGUCAUUAAGGGUAAUCUCAAGUUCAACUCGACUGCUACAUACAUGCAGUACAACUAA